AUGGGUAGCAUCGCCUUAGAGGAAGCCCAACCCUCCUUCAAGACACCAUGGGUGCAAACCCCUUUGGUGGAAUCUGCCUCCCUUUCUCGUGCUGCAGGAUGUAGGAUAUUCCUGAAGCUGGAGAACGUCCAGCCCAGCGGUUCAUUCAAGUCCAGGGCCAUGGGCAAUCAGAUCCUGUCACACCUCAUCAAGCCAGAGAACGCCAACCGACCCGUCCACUUCUUUGCCUCCUCAGGCGGGAACGCAGGCCUAGCCGCUGUCUGCGCAGCCCGCAGUCUGGGAUAUCCCUGCACAGUGGUCGUACCACUAUCAACGAAGCCCCUGAUGGUGCAGAAGCUACGGAUGGCAGGUGCAGCGGACGUAAUCCAGCAUGGAGACACGUUCCAAGCAGCCGGCGAGUACAUGCGAGAAGUGAUCAUGAAGAACAAGGACGAGAACGAGUGUGAAAACGUGGCGAAGAUUGCUCUACACCCGUUUGAUAACGAGCCCAUCUGGGAAGGAAACAGCACUCUCAUUGACGAACUGGCCACCCAGCUCCCUCCCCCAGCCGGUGAAGAUGAAGAGGCCACCCAUCGUGGCCGCCCGUUACCCGUGGAUGCCAUCAUCUGCAGCGUGGGCGGCGGCGGCCUCCUGAACGGUCUAGUCAUGGGCAUCGAACGACACCGCCAGCUCCAGAAGAUGAGCCUCAGCUAUGCUUCCAACCCUAUCUCCCACUCCCAGUCGAACCCUAUCCACCUCCUCGCCAUCGAAACCUUAGGUACCGAUUCCCUUGCUGCCGCUGUCGCGAAGAAAUCCCUCGUCUCCCUCCCCAAGAUCACUUCCCAGGCUACUUCUCUGGGCGCUAUCCGUGUCUCCGAACGUACUUUCCAAUAUGCUAUCUCCCCGCCGCAGGGUAUUGCUGUACACAGUGCGGUGCUUUCGGACGCAGAUGCAGCAAGGGGUGUGCUUCGUCUUGCUGAUGAUCACCGGACGCUUGUCGAACUUGCAUGCGGUGUAUGCGUUGAGGCUGCAGUUGGUGACGCGGCGAGAGCUCGGCCAUCGACAUCCUCCGACGCCCUCACAGCUGGAACUAAGAAGCGCAAGAGAGAAGAUGCGGAUUACCCUUCCCACCGGGAUGAGGGCUACGGCGAUGAUGGGUCCUCAGCGACCGAAACGGAGUCGGAAGCAGGCAGUGAAUUCCAAUCCAAGCUCAAGCAGCUUGUGCCAGACCUGAACUCCGAUAGUCGAGUGGUGAUCAUUGUGUGUGGUGGAAGUAAUAUUACGAUUGAUAUGGCGGCAGAGUAUAAAAAGCUGCUUAAUGAGGGUUGGGGAAACUAA